AUGGACGCUGUCAUGACAAACAUCGACGUCAUGAUCCUGUACAUCUACAAGCCCACGCAGAACCACAGCUACGAUUUGGAAAUAUUGAAGGCAUCUUUCAUCGAGACAUUGAACCAAGACUAUCCGAUCCUGAACGGCGAGCUUCACAUCGAUUCUGAACGGUGCGGCAUGCUUUACGUCAAGCUAGACCCAAACAAGAUCGCCACAACAGCCCUUUUCGUGACGGACCUCUCGUGUACUCAAACCACUGACCAAGCACUCGAGUCACUCUCGUACGACUUCAUGCCACCUGCACGGGAGGGUCGACACCAACUCAUUACAACCAAAGCGUCCGUACUCUCGGACGGUGGACUAGUCAUUGGUCUCGACUUCGCUCACGGAGUGCUCGACGGGGAGGCUGCGUUCACUUUCGUCAAGGUGUGGGCACGGCGCUAUCGACGCCUAACCGGUACUCCGCCGAACGAGUUAGGAGACCCGAUCAAGCUGAAUCACGACCGACGCUUGCUCUCUGGCACUGUAGCAGAGAAGACAUAG